AUGUCAAAUCAGGUAUAUAAUUGCCAUUUUUUGGCGACAUCAAACACUGCUUCUGCGUUAGAAUUGGCUGAUCAGAUUGUAGAUGAGUUGAAUUUACUUUCAAGUGAAGGGUUCAAUGCAUAUGAUCAUGGAUUGCAGGAGGAUGUGUUGGUAAUGCCCUUUGUUUUAUGCUUCCUUGGGGAUUCUCCUAUGCAUGCAGAGAUAGCAAACACCCCAAUGCCCUCUACCGCCUUGAACCCCUGUCGAACCUGCAAAUUGUCGGCCCCUGGGAAGGGAUCUAAAUCAACACUAGAGUAUGUCAAUGAUUUCUUAGGGAAAGAUGCAGAUGGUAACAAGGCCAGCUUUAAAUAUCGUCAGUGGUCUGAAACCAUCAAGCAUACUCAUGAACUUUGGGACAUAGGAAUGACCAAGUCCAAGAAGAAAUUUGAUGAAAAAUCCAUAGAAUUAGGAGUAAGGGAUGUGUUCAAUCGGCAAUGUCUCCAAAUCAUCAAGGACCGCAAAGCCCCCAGGUCCAAAAAGAAUUUGAUACGACAGAUGCACAAGGCAAAAUCUCCAAAAUUAUUCAGCCCAAUUCUCCGGCUCAAAGGUCAGCCAUUAGAAUCUUGA